GGGGGCGGAGUUCCGUCCUUCGCUGAUUGGCUCAAGACGGAUGGGCUGCGGCCGGGCCUAGCCAACCCGCGGCGUGUUGCUAUGUGCUGAGCCGAGGGGAUAGGCGCGGGGGCGCGUCCGUCACCAGGCAGCCCCCGGCCCCGACCCCGAGGGAUGCGGAGUGGCGGCGGCGGCAGUGGCGGAGACUGUGGCUUUAAGAGCGCUCCCAGAGCCCGGGAUCCGGCCUGGCGGUCCUUUGCUGCGGCGCACCCCCGCGGAGCCGAGCUCGGAGCUGGCCGGACCGGGCUGCCUGCUGCCGGUUAAAUAUCCAGAACCCAUCUGCUUACCCACUGUCCCAUAUUGCCUUUCUGAAGGACAUGAAAGUGAUGACAUGGCUGCUGAGAACCAGCCCUAGACCUCUGCUUGAGUGUCCUUCCUCUGAAGACAUCACCAGUGUGUGGAGCCCGCCCCACACCCACCCCCUGCCAAACCACGGCCUUUACCUGUGUCUUCCGGUGUUUCCCGUGCGACCCAUCCUGUGGGAGUGCCUCGUGGGCCGCCCCAGAGUUCACCCCACACUCAGCAGCGCCAAUGGUGAAGAUGACGAGAUCCAAGACUUUCCAGGCAUAUCUGCCCUCUUGCCACCGGACCUACAGCUGCAUUCACUGCAGAGCCCACUUGGCCAAUCAUGAUGAACUUAUUUCCAAGUCGUUCCAAGGAAGUCAAGGACGAGCAUACCUCUUUAACUCAGUAGUUAACGUGGGCUGCGGGCCGGCAGAAGAGCGCGUGUUGCUAACAGGACUGCACGCCGUCGCAGACAUUUACUGUGAAAACUGCAAAACCACGCUGGGCUGGAAAUAUGAACAUGCCUUUGAAAGCAGCCAGAAAUAUAAAGAAGGCAAAUACAUCAUUGAGCUAGCACACAUGAUCAAGGAUAAUGGCUGGGACUGAUUGGAGAGCAUCCACCCACCCCAGUGUCCACGUGAAUCCAUCCAACCGAACAUCCUACCCAAGCGUGAGAGAGUGACUGAACACUUGGUUCCAUCCAUUUAGGGGCCUUGCCAUCUGGGGCAUUCUCCCACCCUGCCACCAUCUUUCUGGUGACCAGCCUCUAAAUCGCUGUCUCUCUGUCUCUUU